AUGAACGACCAACACCCCAACCAGGCGAACCCCAGCGAAUCGCACGCAGAAUCGCAACCCCUCAAUGGAACGACCGAAGAAACAGAAAACAAACUCCCCAUAAAAACAUACCACUGCCGGUUCUGUUCGCAUUUACUAAUCGCAUCGACGAGGGAUUUAUUAUCGUCUACGACCCCAUUACGACGACGGCGACAGUAUAUUGCCAAGGGAGGAGAAGGGGAGGGAGGGGAAGGCGGAUUAGAUGGUGCACUGAUACUAGAGAUACCUUCUUCCAACACACCGAAAAACAAGAGGAGGAAAGUAUCAGAAGAUCAUUCAAUAGAAGAAUCUGAUCCGGUCGAACGGAAUACACAAUCUACAACGACAGCACCUGGAACCAACGACCAAGAGGCCGAAAAACUAAACCGCAAACCAGAACAAGCGCAUUACACCAUCCUGUUGUCAACACUCAUACCAGACACCAAUCCAGUAAUCAUCCGACGUGAAGACGGGGUUGUUGUUGGGUAUGAGCUUGCUACCGGCAACACACCUCACUCUCACGAAUCUGACGGAGAUGAGGAGGAUGAAUUCAAUCGGAAGAAUACAACAGAUAGAGCGAUUUAUCUCCUACCGGGAUCUAUUGUCAGAACUGAGGAUUUGGAGGUUGGGUUAGAGGAUACUGGUGUAGGAGGGGAUGUGUUGAAUGCGAUCGUGGAGAAGAAUGCUGUUUUGAAGGGGAUGGAGAGGGAGUGGAUGGACUGGGUUAAGUAA